AUGCGUGGAUCUGACAAAACAUUAAAGACAAUUGAAGAGAACAGGUGCAGUCUAAGGAACCUACUCAUAAGAAUGGGCAUAUCAAACCUAUUUAUAGUCUACAUGUAUUACAGGCAUGAUCGGAGUCUGGGGCUCUUUCUGAGGUGGAGUCUGCUUGAGGCACUCUUUCUGGGGCUGCUUGUCUACAUAACACGACCAGUGGUGGAGAAGCAGGCAGACGGGAUCGAGAAGGCAAUCGGAUGCAGGUCAAUGGCAGAAGCAGGGCUUCCAGCAGCGUACGCCGACACAGUCGCAUUCGCAGUGGUGGCAAAGGGAUUCAGGUCGUGGUCUCUUCUUGCAGCAGUCUUCUUCCUGCUCCUGAUUCCAUUCGUAUUCUGCCUGGAACUGGCGUAUAAGCCGUAUUGCAGACUCAUCAAAGGAAGCAACCUGAGUAACGCAAAUCUAAGGGAAAAGAACAAGUGA